AUGUGUUUCUUGGUUUAGCAAUAAAGUUGAAAUAUCUUCACAUUCGACGAAGUAUUUAUCCAAAACCAAUUAUUAAACCAAAUGAUAAUUUCGUAAUGCACAUAAUGAAACUCAUUAAAUUCGUAAUAUUCUUCAUGAUAAGACAAGUAGUGAAUUCAGUGGAUGAACAAACAAUUGUGAGGGUGUUACGUUCUUGUAGGAUCGAACACCAUAUACCCUUCGACGGCAUGGCCGUAGGAAAAAACAGGCAGAAUUUUGAAAAUCCAACAAAAAACGUUCUCUGUUUUAUGAAGUGCAUAGCAGAUAAAGAUGAUUCAUUGGACGAGAUCGGAAAAGUUAAGAUAGAAUCAUUGGAAAAAUCCUUGGCAGCAAUGAAUUUCGAAGACACCGUUCUGGAAAAGGUGAAAAAAUGCGUGAUGAAACUUCCCCCCGUAAAACAGUGCGAAGAUAUGAGGGAGUUUUUGAAGUGUUUACCGAAUUUCGAUGGUACUUUAGAACCAAAAAAAGGUUAAAAAAUUCGGUGUAGGUAUAGUG